AUGGCACGAUCGGUGGCAAUGAUGGUGGGUUCGCCAUCACGAAACACUUCUGGUUCCUCUGGUUCGUCUGGUUUGCGGAUCAAGGUCGUGGCAAGCCUUGAUUGUGAUAUCCGAACAGGAGUCAGUCGUGGCUUUGAACAGAUCCCAGGAGUUAAGCUUGGAGAUAAAGCCACGGAGGAAGAACGAGUAGUUGAGCUGGACAAGUUUGCUAGUGCUCGUCUCGUCACAGCCGGCCGUGUGGAGGCAAGCGUGGUCGUUGAGCUGGAUGCGUGGGGUUGCGAACGUCGAAGAGCGACUCUCGCCGAGCCCGACUGCAAUAGAGUGCAAGCAAUUCACCGUAAACAAGCCGCAUCUUCGACACCCGUCACUCACCCAACUCGAAACACUUUUGCAUUUUCUUCUCGAUUGCCUACGCCUGCAGUCACAAUGUCUGCUACCAUUGAAGAGAUCGCCGACGACGUUCAGGACCUUAACGUCCAGGACUUCGACUCCGAUGACGCGGGUGCCGACGUCCACGCUUCCGACAAGGUGGCUUCGCGUGCUGAGCGCAAGUCCCGCAAGGCUCUUCAGGGUCUCGGUCUCAAGAAGGUUGGUGGUAUCACUCGUGUCACCAUGCGCCGUCCUCGUGGUCACCUGUACGUGAUCGCCCAGCCCGAGGUCUACAAAUCUUCCCACUCGGACGUCUACAUCGUCUUUGGCGAGGCCAAGGCCGAGGACAUGUCGCAGCUCGCUCAGGCUCAAGCCGCCCAGCAGAUGGCUCAGGCCGAGGCUCAGGAGCGUCUUCUCGCCGAAUCGCUCCAGAACCCCAGCGCCGGUGCUGCUGACAAGAAGGCCGAGGAAGAGGAGGAGGAUGACGACUCGCCCAUCGACGAGGAAGGUGUCGACGCAAAGGACAUCGACCUUGUCAUGCAGCAGGUCAGCUGCUCGCGAAGGAAAGCCGUCAAGGCGCUCAAGGAGUCCAACGGCGACCUCAUCAACGCCAUCAUGAACGCCAGCUAA